GUCAGCCCCUGCUGCAGGACCUCUUUUGGAAUGUAUCCUAUGUGGAUCACUGAGCCUCGAGCCUCCUCAAGGUCUCAACAGAUUAGCCGCUGCCUUUUCUCCCCUGGCCCAGCACAGAAGAGGCUGAGCACACUGGGGAGAUCACUGGGCCUAGACAGCAAUGUCCCUGUGCUGGUGAGAGGGGAACAAGAUGGAUUUUAUUACCGUGGUACAGUAAAAGAGGAGAUAGAGAGUGAAAGAGGCAUGUUCCUGGUAGAGUUUGCCAAACCAAUUGUGUCGUGUAGAAGGCAUCCAGUGUGUGUGCAAAAAACACCAAAGGAUGACAUCCUGGAAUAUGUGAAUGGGAUGAAACACUCCUUGCUCCCUGGAGACAAAGUCCUGGCACCCUGGGAGCCAGAUAUGGCCAGGUACGGCCCAGGAACUGUCCUCACGGGCAUUGAGACAAGGGACCCCUUACGAGCCUCAGAAGAUGAAGAAAUCAUGGUUGAGUUUUGGAAUGACAAGAAAGUGAAACUCCCACAAGGUGUGGCUCUGUGGAUCCCUCCUAGCCUGUGGGAGAGGAUUGUAGAGAUGAUCCACAUGCCCUUCACUAACAGGUCUCUGGUCUUUCAGAGUGAUACUAAAGAGUCCAGCAGUGAGCCCUCUCCGUGCCUUCUAGAAUGGAAAGGCCCAAAACAAGAAGUAACAGCAGCUGUGGCAGCACCUUCGUCUUCCUCUUGUGAUUUAGAGUGCAACCUGGAGCCAUUCCCCACUAAGAGCACUGUGGUGGACAGUGCUGUUAACACAGGCUCUGGCUGUCCCGAGGAGCCCAGGCUCGAGGAUUCUGCAAGACCCAAGUGGAAAUACUGUGAAAGAAGUGACUGCAAGUCCCAUCCCAGUAAUUCAGGACUCAGCAGUUGCAGCAGCACGUGCACAAAGGGCAAGCAGGAAUCCAAAGCCAUCUCCCUUGGGCACAUGUCCCAUGUUGCCCCAACUAAUGGAAGUGCAAUGUUUGAAACUGUUGAGCAGUCUCCCAGACAGCAACUCACAAUGAAAGAAACUUUAAGGGACCAAGAUUUCAAGCUGUCACUGGGGGCUGCCAUGCCACUAUAGUACUUCUGGACAACAACAGAGAAUACUACAUGAGGAAGCAUCAAAGCUAUGCUCCCAGCUACUGUAGAUUUACAAUUCAAAGUGGAACUGCACAGCUAAUGACCUUCUGUAUUAAUUGGCUGUUUUAUUCUCGUGUAAAGAUGAAAAUGCCUGGAUGUCCACAGACUGCAUGUCUUCUGGUACAAAAGUUGUCAGCCCUGGUUUUAGAUGCCUGUCUCCUGACACAAUAUAUAGGGAUACUCUGACACCUCAGAACCGAAUUCAUGACAAUAUCACAAGGAAUGAUCUGGAAACAUCUAUCUCAUCUGGCUCUUCAAGAAAGGCGCUGCUGGAAGAAGGUGUAGUUUACAGGUCCUUAGUAGGAUGUAGAUGUAAGCUAGGUGCUUUGCAACCUAGCCAGUGAGGGCUGGUUCUGCAGGGCACCUGCAGGAGCAGUGCUUUAAAGCUGAACAUGUUAAUACAGAAAAAUUAGUCAGUGAAGAAGCUAAAGCAUCUUCACAGCUGGUAGCAGUAGCACAGUGGUUUUGAGAAUUGUAUUUAAAUCCACAGCAGCCCUUCUCUGGCUCUCCAGUAAAGGUACUUGAAACUCCCCCACUACAGAUGAAAUAUUUGAACACAGCUCUGCUCUGCUGCCAUCUGUUGUCACCAAAGAACUCCUGCCAAGACUGCUUUCACAAAAGGACUAAGAAGUUCCAAUACCUAUUUUAGUUCACUUAUAUCUUCCUUGUCUUUGACUGUCAAAACUAAAAAUAGAGCCAAUAGCAAUUCUUAUUGCUAAAUCUACAGCUGUGCUUUACUCCUUGAGGUUAUGCACAUGUCAACAGAUUUGGUUGCUUGCAUUGUGGUUUACUGUGGAGCUAUGUCCAAAUAAUACAUGAAAUUCUCUGGCUAACUGCAUGUGCCUAAAUGGUUAUGUUUGGCUGUGGCUUCUUAUUUGCACAUUGUAAACUUUAUCUAUGAAUUUGUGAGUCUAAGAAUCCUCUUCCCCCUUUUAUGUCACCUCUACAGAAGAUGACUGAAACAGUACUGUCUUGGCCGAUGCAUAAAUAUUGAAGUCAUUCAGGGCUUGUAUCAACUCUAAUACUCCUAAUAGGGCACAGGAUGAGUAUACAGUUGCAUUUUUGUUUCAUCUUGUAUAAAACUAUUCUGCCUGAGUUAUUUUAGAAUUAACUGGUUACUGUGUAUGUAGUGCUUUGAAAUAAUAAAGGAGUUGCUUAAGAGCUAA